AUGUCCGCAACGUUCAAGCACACUGUUGUGCACCUGGAAAGAGCUCAAAAUCGCCCACUUGCCGCCUUCGUCUUGAGUGGCGCACUGAUCUCGCCUCAGAUGUCCGCGAUGUCCCAAUCGCCCUCUCCUUCUCCUCCACCGCCUAACUCCACUACCACCACUAAUGGCGAAACGAGCACGCCAACUAACGGUCUCUCACUGCCCCAUUCCUCACAAGUCGACGCGGAAACCUUGUCUCUUCGAGCUAAAAAUCGAAGGGAGAGAAACAAACUUGCGAGCAGGAAGUGUAGAGCUCUGAAGUCCGCGAGGCUAGUCUACCUCGACGGCCGAGUAGCCGAACUCGAAGAUGAGGUUCGGGUCCUCCGAGCGGCUCUGGGAGCUUCUGCAAACGCUAUUCCUACGUCUGUUGACCAAGGGCUUCCAACACCAUACGUGACUCCUCGAACAACCGUAUUAUCUCUCUCAUCCUCUACACGAUCUCUUGCUUCCGUCCAGUCCUCUUCCCUUGCUUCAAUAACGUCUACUUCCUCGACGGACACCGUUCCAGACAUGGAAGUAGAGGAAGAUAACUCGAUCAACGAGCUCAAACGAGAGAAUGAGGUUUUAAAAGCGUCUAUGGCGAAAUUUGAGCAAGAGUGGAAUGCUGCUCUUGCCACUCUAGGCAUCAAAUUCCCUAAUGGCAAACAGCCCCCCUCUACCUCCGCUCCGGACGAAUCCAAAGACGAAGGAGCUUCGGAAUCUACCUCAUCGAACGCGGAGUCUUCCCAACCAUCACACUCACUUGCCACUUUAAUUGCAGCGGCGAGCCAGCUUCCCCACUAGUCUCAGCUUCUCAAUGCUUUCAAUCGUUGAUUCUGGUUUCAAAGGGGAGUGGAAAUAUAAGAAGGGAAUUUAUGGUUGUCGUACAUAUGCAUACCCUUUAUGUACAACAUGCAACUUGUUUCAUGAUCCUGAUACAUGUAGUCCUUGGAGUUGAUAUUGUAAUAUGCUUGAUUAUACGGGAGUUGUGGUGGUUGCGUUCAGUAGAAGUA